GUGCAUAUUCUUAGGAACUCUAAGUCUCCCUCUCUUUCUCUCUCUCUUUCUCUCUCGCUAUACCAAUAUUAAUUUGAACCUCUCUCAGUUCAAUUCCAGAUAGACUUUGUUGGCAUUUGAGUUUUGUCGAAUAGAACCAAAAAGAAAAAAUGGGAAGGCAACCUUGCUGUGACAAAGUGGGGUUGAAGAAGGGGCCAUGGACCGCAGAGGAGGAUAAGAAACUCAUCAAUUUCAUCCUCACUAAUGGCCAAUGUUGCUGGAGAGCUGUCCCUAAACUAGCAGGGCUGUUAAGGUGUGGCAAAAGUUGCAGGCUCAGGUGGACAAAUUAUCUGAGGCCAGACUUGAAGAGAGGCCUUCUAUCAGAAUAUGAAGAGAAAAUGGUCAUUGAUCUCCAUGCUCAACUUGGCAAUAGAUGGUCUAAGAUUGCUUCUCAUCUCCCAGGAAGAACUGAUAAUGAGAUCAAGAAUCACUGGAACACCCACAUAAAGAAAAAGCUCAAGAAAAUGGGAAUUGAUCCUGUUACUCACAAGCCACUUUCCAAUAAAACUGAGCAAACUCAAGCCCAACCAGAUGAACAACAAACCCACCAACCAUUGCAAGAACAACAAGAAGAACCUAUCCCAGUUGAGAAAGACACCAAAUUUGAACCUGAAAAAGAGCAAAACAAGGAGCCAGAGAAGCCAGAGAGUUCAAUUGAAUCAUUAACCAUCACUGAAGAAGCCAAGGAGGAAGACCAAAUUAUGACACCCUUAUUUGACUCAUGGGAACUAAUGAAUGAGUUCUGCACUGAUGAAGUUCCCAUAAUAGAAUCAAAUGAGAUUCUAGUUCCUUCUGCUCCUUCUUCCACUUCACCAACCACUACUACUACUACAUCAUCUUCAACAUCAACAUCAGCAUCUUCAAAUUCAAAUUCAUCCAACUUCCUUGAAGACCUUCUGCUCCCAGAUUUUGAGUGGUCUGAUGAUUACAAUGAUACUAAUUUUGACAAUAAUAACAAUAGCAGCAUGGCCUUGUGGGAUGAUGACUUUAUUAGAAGUUGGAAUUUGCUUAUUAAUGAUGAUGAUGGUGAUGGUGACAGAAAGCAAGUGUUUGAGGCUCCUAUCAAUCAGUACCCAAGAGUGAUCAUGGAUUCAGAUUCUUGGGCCUAUGGCUUGUUUUGAUUUGAAAUUUUUUUUUCUCCUCUCUCCCCGGCUGCUUACUUGUAAUUGUUCUUUUAAGUUGUUGCAAAAGAAAAUAAAAAGAAAAUCAGGAUUCUUGUUUAGUGUAUUUAUCCACUUUUUUUGUUCCCCAACUUUUCACCUUAUAAUAAAGGGAAAAGAUAUCUUGUAUAUGGUAGUGCAAAGGUGUUGAUUUGUUGUUGCCUGGUCAGGGCAUACUUGAUUAUACUGGAAACUUUUGAAGUCCUUAUUAUCAAUUAAAUGAAACUUUAUCA